UUCAACCGAUGACGAUGGUGACACUGAAGUAAGUGAAACAGAGAGCGAAGAAGAUGGGGUAGAUGAACGAAAUGAAUUGGAAAAACGAAGAUGCGAGAACAAUACUGAUAAAAUGCUUAAGAGGGAAGAAAAGGCGAUAAUUGAGGACGAUAGGGACAAGAAAAGGAGGAGGGAAAU